AGUCUAUACAGAAUUGACUUUUGAAGUUUUUCUGCAAAAGUGAAUUCUGUCAUUUCGAUAGUCUUGCUUUCUGAUAUUGUCGAUGAUAUUUUCUCUUGCUGUUAAAAUAAAAAUUUUACGUAAUGUUAGCAAUGUAUAUAGUUCACCACAAAUAAUAAGACUGUAAAAACAUUUCAGUUCAUAAUCUUUGUUCCUGGAAAAGUUUACUUAGUUGUAAAAUUAACGGCUGAAAGUUUCAGAUACUGUUCAGAGAGCUAAACAGUAAUAUCGAUUUUAUUUCUGUACCAAUGGUAUAAUGAAGACCAUGGGUUAUUUUGCUCCAGCAGAGGGUUUUGAUAAAUUGACUUAGUGUAGAGAUAGGGAUGUAGUUCUUCUCUUCUCUCUCUCGAUGUAUCGAUGUUUCACAGGAAACCUUUAGUUUUUCCAUAUGUGACGAAGUAAUGGCAGCGAUAGAAAACCUUUGUCGAUACGAUGUUCAUUAUAAUAGAAAAAAUAUAGCUUUAUUUGUGUACGGAUCGUAACUCAAUAAGUAUGAAAGAAAUACGUUAUUAUCGAUUUCAUUUCAUGUGUUAUGAUGUCAUACCUACACGAAAAUAAUUCACACAUGCUAUUUUGAAAAGUUUGAUUCACAGUUAAAUACAAAUUUCUGGUUUCUGUUGAUUCAGGGUUGAACACAAUGAGUGAUACCGAAAGUGAUUAUGAAUAUGAAGAAGACGAUGAUUAAACAAUAUUCUCUAGUGAUCUAACAGAUAUUGACAGCGAACUGUUGAUCUACGCUGCUGCAUCUACUUACUGUCUCUUGUCUCCAGAUGUAAAUUAUUCUAUUAAUGGAAUUGAUUUUAACGUUGAAUUAGAUGGUGUUGAUAUAAAUACACCAUUGGGAAACUUAAAACUUGACCUUACCUCAUCAUGUUUAGAAAAUGAAAAGAAUAUCGCAAAAGAAUAUUUGACUGAAGCUGCUCCCCCUGCACUUGAUCUGCCAUCACUAGAUGUAAAUUAUUCUAUUGGUGAGGUUGAUUUUAACGUUGGUUUAGAAGCAUCAUUUACUGAAAAUUUAACAGGUGCUGUAACAGAACUCUUGGAUAAUAGUGUUAAUGAAGAAAUCGAUCAAUUUUGUUCUGAUUUCUAUGAUGCUGCACAUAUAGAGACAGAUGGUUCACUUUAUUCUGACGGUAUAAAUUUUCUUUUAGCAUGUCAAGUUGAUGCAGAUGCAACACUUGGAAACGAUGGUCUUAAAGUGAAUGCUCGCGUCGAUGGAUAUCUUUCUAAACAUAAAUUAGGAGAUACUGAUAUCAGUGUUGCAAAUAUUGGAUUGAGUGUUAAAGCUGAAGUCGACUUAUCAACAGCUAAUGUUAGUGCAUCUGUUCUUGGACUUGGAUUAAAUGCUGGAACACAUGGAGUUGAUGUCGAUACACCUAUCGGCAGUUUUAAUUUGAGAUUUCAGCCAUAA